UGGACCUGGGGCUUCUUCGCACUCGGAUUUCGAGGCCUUGGGAGAGAAGGGGGCUAGGCGGGACACGCCCCUCACCCCUCUGCCGCCGCCGAUUGGCUCACGGAGUCUCCGCGUUCGAUUUUGGAAGGCUCGCGGGGCGCUCACACCAAAGCUCGGCAAAGGAUUGGCUGUUCCCGAGCCAGGGAGCGCUUUCUCUGGGGAACGGCGGCUGUGACCGAGGUGGCCCGCCUCAGGCGGCCAGCACCCAGGAUGGGUACCCCCGCCUCUGUGGUGAGCGAGCCGCCCCCUGGGCAGGCCCCGACAGAAGCCCGGGGCCGCAAGCAGGCCUCGGCCAACAUCUUCCAGGACGCUGAGCUGCUGCAGAUCCAGGGCCUGUUUCACCGCAGCGGGGACCAGCUGGCCGAGGAACGAGCGCAGGUCGUCUGGGAGUGUGCAGGGGACCACCAUGUGGCGGAGGCCUUGAAGAGGCUGCACAGGAAGAGGCCCCCUCGGCAGAAGCCCCUGGGCCCCUCGCUACACCACUGCAGCCGGCUCAGAAUCACAGAGCCCCGCGCUCCACCGGCCGACCCACAGAGCAGUGCCACGGAGAUGGCUUCCAGCGGGCAGUAUCUGAACUCCAGGAGGACCAAUGCCAGGAUCCGCCGGAACUGGAGGAAGCCAGGUCCCCCAGGCUACCUUCAUCAGAUCAGACACUGAUCCGGGGAAAGGGCUGGGAACAGCUCUAUCUUCCCCAGGAUUCAUAGAGACUUUUGCCAAAGGGUCUGGGGAAGCGAAGAAGGAAGAGAGCUGAGGCAGGCAGCCCCACUGCUGCCACUGGCCUGCUCGAGUCAGAACAGGCCCGGAGGCUUCCACUGAGCUGUUAUAUGGGACCCAUUCCUCACCAGAUUGAGGAGAAACAGUGACCGUUCCUGCCUCAGCCCUUCUCAGUUUAACACUAUACCUGGGCUGCAUGAUAUUCCCCUGGGAGUCAAGGACAGGCACUCAGACUCAGCAUCUCACCACUCCUGCUACCGACCCUCCUACUACUACCGUAACCCGUGGUCCAACAGCUUGUCCCACACCCCUGCCCCUUCAGGCCUGCACAAGGAAACCAUAGUUUAAGUGGCAAAAUAAAACCAUUCACAUCAA